AUGGCUUCCAUCCGCGUGCUGUCGUUCGAUGCUGAGGGCCGCCCUGUGCAGUUCACCACCUGGCUAGAUGACCUGCAGCUGUUCCUUCUGAGCGAUAGCAAGGAGCAUGUGUCGCUCUAUGAUUACGCGUCUGGUGCUGCACCUGCCCCUCCUGCCACAGCUGAGCUUAGUGUUCGUUCCCACUGGCAGACUCGUGACGCAGCUGCUCGCCUAGCCAUUCGCAGUCACCUGCCGUUAGCUGAGCUCGAGCAUUUUGGCGACUGCAAAUCCGCUAAGGCCCUGUACGAUGCUGUCGUUGCUCGCUACUCCUCGCCUGCCACAGCCGAGCUUAGCCGCCUCAUGCUGCCGUACCUGUUCCCUGACCUGUCCACCUUUGCUACAGUCGCCGAUCUUAUCACCCACCUUCGCACUAGUGAUGCUCGCCUUCGUGCCGCCCUUCCCACCGAGUUCUGCGCUAAGAACCCCCCUCCCCUGUACUGGACACUCCACUUCAUAGUCACCCGUCUCCCUGACACCCUCAGCUCAGUUCGAGACCACUUCCUUGCUCGCUGUCCCACUGAGCUCACAGUCGCCCUCCUAGAGGAGCAGCUGCUAGCGGCCGAAAAGAGCAUUGUAGCUGUCGGUGCUGCUCGUGGCGCUCCUCGCACCCCCAUCUUUGAGGGGUGUUCUCCCUCUCCAUCUUUGUCGGUGCUGCUGCUGUUGACUUCCUUGGUGCUGAGUCUGCUGGCGCUGCUUCUGCUCCUAGUGGGAGGCGCCGCACCGGCAAGGGCAAGGGGGGCAAGGGUGGCGGGGGUGGCGCUGGGGGGGGAGGAGGUGGGGGGGUGCGGUGCUGGAGGGAGCGGUGGCGGGAGUGCUGGUGGGAGUGGGGUCGGCAGCGGAGGCGGGGGCGGCGGAGGGAGCGGUGGCGGUGGUGGCGGCGGCGGCGGUGGCGGCGGCGGCGGCGGCGGUGGCGGCGGCGGCGGUGGCGGUCGGAGCGGAGGUAGUGGUGGUGGCGGAGGUCGGAGUGGAGGCACCGGCUCGGGACAGGGCUCCCAGCAGCAGCAGCGUCCCCAGACGACCCAGCAGCUUCGUGAGUGGCUUGCUCAGCGUGGGACGUCGGGGGGCAAUGGCCGCUGUUCCUAUGUCAUUCGCACAGGUGACCGCAAGGGACAGACGUGUGGGAGGUUCCACACCCCGUACCGCUGCUUCUCCCGCCUUGACGACGCUUGGCGUGAGGAGAUGGGCGAGGAUGUUGAGCGCCCCUGCUGGGCGGAGCUGAUGAGGGCUGGUGUUGAUAUCUUUGCUCUUGACUAUGAUGCUAUUAUUGCUGCCAUGUAUGCAUUGACUGUUAGUGCCGAGGGAGACUGUUACUUGUGUGUGCCGCCUGACCCAGGUAUAGAGCCCGCUGCCCUGGGUACUAGUGAGUCUGCUCUCUCCGGUAUGGUGCCCCCUGUACUUGCUCCCUCCAGUGCUGUCCCGGCUGUUUGCGAGUCUGCUCUCUCAGGUACAGCACCCACAGAGACUGCUCUCUCAGGUACCGCACCGGCUGAGGCCUGUCACACCUUCACCCUUGACUCAGGUGCUUCCCGCUGUUUCUUUCGUGACAGUACUGAGCUCACACCGCUUCCUGCACCGGUCCCAGUCUCCUUGGCUGACCCCUCUGGGGGCCCAGUCCUUGCCCAGUCCACCACUGUGCUCCCUUGUCCGGCGGUUCCGUCUGGCUCGUUGUCGGGUUUCCACCUCCCCUCGUUCUCGACGAACCUGGUGAGCAACGCUGUCCUCCAGGAUCAGUGGGUUGACACCUUCACCCCAGGAGGACAGCGUGUGGCGAUCUGCACGUGCUCCAGGACCGGCCGUCACCUGGCUACGUUUACCCGUCGGCCGGGGUCGAGUCUCUACACACUGACCACUGCGUCUCCUCAGGUCGCUGCUGUCGGUCAGGUGUCCGCGUCAGGUCUGGUGGCCCACGCCUGUGAGUGUCGUUCCCUGUCGCACCAGACUCUUCUCUGGCACCACCGCCUGGGUCACCCCUCCUUGCCACGCCUCCGUGGCAUGCACCGUCGCCGCCUUGUGUCUGGUCUUCCCAGGUCUCUCCCUCCCCUCCCUGCCUCGCCUGCGCCGCCUUGCCUUCCUUGCGUCGAGGGGCGGCAGCGCGCCGCUCCUCACUCCUCCUCGUUCCCCCCGACAGAGGCUCCUCUGCAGACCCUCCACCUGGACGUGUGGGGCCCAGCCCGCGUUCGUGGCCAGGGCGGUGAGCGGUACUUUUUGCUGGUUGUCGACGACUACUCGCGUUACACCACGGUCUUCCCCUUGCGCACCAAGGGUGAGGUCCCUGCUGUUCUGAUCCCUUGGAUCCGCACAGUUCGUCUCCAGCUCCGCCGCCGUUUCCGGACGGAUCUUCCUGUCCUGCGUCUGCACUCUGACAGAGGUGGUGAGUUUUCCUCCGAUCUCUUGAGGACCUUCUGUCAGGCGGAGGGCAUCGAGCAGACCUUCACGCUUCCGGACUCCCCACAGCAGAAUGGGGUUGCUGAGCGUCGCAUUGGCCUGGUCAUGGAGGUCGCUCGUACCUCCUUGGUCCACGCGGCGGCUCCCCAUUUUCUGUGGCCGUUUGCUGUCCGGUACGCCGCGCAUCAGCUCAACCUCUGGCCCCGUGUCUCCUUGCCGGAGACCUCGCCCACACUGCGUUGGACGGGGGAGGUUGGCGAUGCGUCGCGCUUCCGGGUGUGGGGUGCUCGUGCCCUUGUCCGCGAUACAGGUCCACUGGUGAUCCCCGAUUGA